AUAGACUCUGGCCGAGAAUUUGGGCGAGCUCGAGCCUCAUCUAUCUCUACCUUCUCUGAGGGUUCGGGUCUGAGGUGCAAUGCCUCGUCCGCGAAGACCCGGCGCGCCGGAGCCCAAGCGUCGAAGUCGAAAAGGAUGCUGGAAAAACCAAUGUGCCUCAACUGUCAACGACAGGGAGAGACUUGCGAUUAUAGCGUGCGUCUGAAUUGGGGUGGCAGAACGAAGCGUUCGUCCGUCGACUCUCCGAGCUCCCAGUCCAGUGGAUAUGGAGGCACAUUGAUAGGUUUUGAUGUCCCACUGACUAGUAUCAACCCGGCACAAAUGUCUGCGCCAAUGACCAGUACGCCUUCAGAUGGCUUCAUAAAUGUUCGCGCCGGCGAUCUUGGCUCUCCAGGCGCAAUCUCACCCAGCACCCCGGCACUCGGUAUUUUCGAGUCCCCGAAGACCCACUCGACGUCCGAAGGCGUUCAUUCGCCCACCCAAGCCGAAGGCCACUUUGCUACCACUUGGCCCGAGCACUCAUCCUUGUCCAGUUCGGUUCCCCCUGGUCAGUUUCCAUUCGGUCAGGGUCUCCAUGGAUCUAUCUCGGCGGCUGCUGAACAAGGCGUAGGCCUGAGAUCUCUCUCUGCUUUUGCAUUUCACUCCAAUCCGGUGUCGCAGCCAGUGUCCUUCCUGCGUAAUUCAGUAGAUAAUUCCACCGAUUUGCCGGGUUCAUCUCCUCGUGAAACUCACAAUGGAGCUCAAAUGUCUCCGCACGAUGAGCACGGAAUAAGAUAUUCUAGGAAUUUGACCUAUUCCAACGGGCAUCCACAUGAUCUGCGAAGUGCGGAUGAUAUCGCUGCUUUGAUGCUUCAUUCUCACGAAGUGGGAACUCCAGGAACAACAUCUUCUGGUCAUAACGGAAUGACAAUCGGGUCAACGCCUGCUAAUCGAACCGAGUCGCUGAAUUCGUUCCAUCACUCAGACGUGUUGUCAUCUGAUGCCAAGGAAAAUGAUUGGCCGCCAAAGGAUGCGAACCCGGCACAAAGCAAGUGGCAAGCAUACCUGACCAGUGUCAAUGACAAUUAUGGCCUGGAUUGUGGGCGGCCGGACCGAGAUCUGGCUCACAACAAUGAUCACGCUGCCAUCGACAUCAAUGCUGCCUUGGAUAUGAUCAGCUCGCGGGGCCGAAGUGAGGACACAGCAUCUUCGCCUGUGUCCCGAGCGGCAUCCGAUAUGCUGAGAUCCGAUUACAGCGAAUACUAUGCCACCCCAGUGGCCAUUAACAUCCCGAGAUAUUUGUCCCCACUUCCGAAGACUUUGUUGGAGAAUCCGAUCAAUCUGAUGUAUUUCCAUCAUUUUCUCAACCACACUUCUCGGAUGCUAGUUCCGCAUGAUUGUGAUAACAAUCCAUUCAUUUCUGUUCUGCCGGCGAUGGCCAUUGGCGAUCCUAAUCUUUUGAACCUGGUUUUGGCAUACUCUGCGAGUCACCGUGCUCGUUAUCUAGGUCAUCCCGAGCCAGCCAAUCGUAUCGCACAUUUUGUCAGUGAUGUGUUCCCGACUUUGCGGGUCGCGUUGGAAUCUUCUCAUGAUGAGAUCACCGACAGCCAUCUAGCUACCUCGAUUUUGCUGUUGUCGCUCAAGAUCGUUUCUCCUGGGACUUUUGAGGUUCCCAUUACGUGGCAAAGUCAUCUGAAGCUUGCGCGAGAUUUGUUUCUCGCCCGAAGUGAGCGCAUCGCACAACCGGGUAACCGAGUUGGUGCGUUCUUUGCCCGUUGGCUGGGAUAUAUCGACACCAUGGGGGCACUAUCCUGCCGUGAAGCAGGUCCUCCGUUGACAUUGUACCAUACUGUAUUGGCAGCCUGUUGUGGUCCCAAUGAUUACGAUGAGUUCUGUGUCGACUGCUUCUCGGGAUGCACUCCGCGCACUGGAGUCUUUCUCGUCCGCCUGGCACGAUUGGUUCAGGAAUGCGAUAACCAACGGUUUGACGAGAUGGGCAACUUCCGGCGCGGGUGGCAUCCGUCUGCAGACGUGGUGAUGGAAGCCCAGGCUGUGCUUGGUGACAUGGAUGGCUUGAGCGAUCGUGCCCAUGCAGAUGCAGAUCACCAUCUUGGCGAAAGCGGAGAUAUGAUGGCUAUUGAAGAGGCCUUCCGGUGUGCGGGCCUGCUGCACCUCCAUCGGAGAGUGCUAGGAUCUUCUCCCGAUUCCUUCCCAGUAAAAGAGGCUCUUCGUAAGCUCAUCGGGGCCCUGGAACGCAUGCGCCUUGGGGCAUCCACUGAGGUGUGUGCACUGUUCCCGCUAUUCACCGCGGGCUGUGAAUCUCGAGAUCCCGCGCAGCGCGGAAAGCUGCUGAAUCGGUUCUUUGUGCUCGAGAAGUCGGGGCUGAAGCAGAUUCAAAAUGCCCGUCAAUUGAUGCAACACUGUUGGGAUGACAAACUCCCCUGGAUUGCACUUGCAGGAGGUGAAUUCCUUGGAUAG